GGCGGCGGCAGCGGCGGCCAGGGAGCUCGCGCCAGAGCCCGAGCCAGCUGGCGGCGGAGGCAAGCGAGUACCCGGUGGCCUGGGGCGCGCCGAGGACAUGGCCGGCAGCCGGGAAUGCUCCGGGUGAAAGCCCAGCCUCUGCGGUUCUUAAUGCCUCAGCAGGAUUAUUUUCACUAAAGAUGGAAACACUGGAGUCUGAAUUGACCUGUCCAAUCUGCCUCGAGUUGUUUGAAGACCCCCUCCUGCUCCCUUGUGCUCACAGCCUCUGCUUCAGCUGCGCCCAUCGCAUCUUGGUCUCGAGCUGCAGCUCUGGUGAAUCCAUUGAACCCAUUACCGCUUUCCAGUGUCCUACGUGCAGGUAUGUCAUCUCGCUGAACCACCGGGGCCUGGACGGCCUCAAGAGGAAUGUGACUCUGCAGAACAUUAUUGACCGCUUCCAGAAGGCUUCUGUCAGUGGACCCAAUUCCCCAAGUGAGAGCCGCCGGGAGAGGACUUACAGGCCCAGCAGCGCCAUGUCCAGUGAGCGAAUUGCUUGCCAGUUCUGUGAGCAGGACCCGCCAAGGGAUGCAGUGAAAACGUGCAUCACCUGCGAGGUCUCCUACUGUGAUCGUUGCCUGCGGGCCACGCACCCCAACAAGAAACCUUUCACCAGCCACCGCCUGGUGGAACCCGUGCCAGACACACAUCUCCGAGGGAUCACCUGCCUGGACCAUGAGAAUGAGAAAGUGAACAUGUAUUGUGUAUCUGAUGACCAAUUGAUCUGUGCCUUAUGCAAACUGGUGGGGCGUCAUCGAGACCAUCAGGUCGCGUCCCUGAAUGACCGGUUUGAGAAGCUCAAGCAAACUCUGGAGAUGAAUCUCACCAACCUGGUCAAACGCAACAGUGAACUAGAGAAUCAAAUGGCCAAACUGAUACAGAUCUGCCAACAGGUUGAGGUGAAUACUGCUAUGCAUGAGGCCAAACUUAUGGAAGAAUGUGACGAAUUGGUAGAGAUCAUCCAGCAGAGGAAGCAAAUGAUUGCUGUCAAAAUCAAAGAGACGAAGGUUAUGAAACUAAGAAAGUUGGCACAGCAGGUUGCUAAUUGCCGCCAGUGUCUUGAACGGUCAACAGUCCUCAUCAACCAAGCCGAGCACAUCCUGAAAGAAAAUGACCAGGCACGGUUCCUCCAAUCUGCAAAAAAUAUUGCCGAGAGGGUCGCUAUGGCAACUGCAUCUUCUCAAGUUCUGAUUCCAGACAUCAAUUUUAAUGAUGCCUUUGAAAACUUUGCUUUAGAUUUUUCCAGAGAAAAGAAACUGCUGGAGGGGCUAGAUUAUUUAACAGCCCCAAACCCACCAUCUAUCCGAGAGGAACUCUGUACUGCCUCCCAUGACACCAUUACAGUCCACUGGAUCUCGGAUGAUGAGUUCAGCAUCAGCUCCUAUGAGCUUCAGUACACCAUAUUCACUGGCCAGGCUAACUUCAUCAGUAAGUCAUGGUGUAGUUGGGGCCUGUGGCCAGAGAUAAGGAAAUGUAAGGAAGCAGUAAGCUGCUCAAGAUUGGCCGGGGCUCCACGAGGCCUGUACAACUCCGUGGAUAGCUGGAUGAUUGUACCCAACAUCAAACAGAACCAUUACACAGUUCACGGGCUGCAGAGCGGGACACGCUACAUCUUCAUUGUUAAAGCCAUAAACCAAGCGGGCAGCCGGAACAGUGAACCUACCCGACUCAAAACAAACAGCCAACCCUUUAAACUGGAUCCCAAAAUGACCCACAAGAAGUUGAAGAUCUCCAAUGAUGGAUUGCAGAUGGAGAAAGAUGAAAGCUCUCUGAAGAAGAGCCACACCCCAGAGAGGUUUAGUGGCACAGGGUGCUAUGGGGCAGCAGGAAAUAUAUUCAUUGACAGUGGCUGCCACUACUGGGAGGUGGUCAUGGGUUCCUCCACAUGGUAUGCAAUUGGCAUUGCCUACAAAUCAGCUCCCAAGAAUGAAUGGAUUGGCAAGAACGCCUCCUCGUGGGUGUUCCGAUGCAAUAGUAACUUCGUCGUGAGACAUAACAAUAAGGAAAUGCUGGUGGACGUGCACCCGCAGUUGAAGCGUCUGGGUGUCCUUCUGGAUUAUGACAACAACAUGCUGUCUUUCUAUGACCCAGCUAACUCUCUCCAUCUUCAUACUUUCGAUGUGACCUUCAUUCUUCCAGUUUGUCCAACAUUCACAAUCUGGAACAAAUCCCUAAUGAUCCUGUCUGGCUUGCCUGCCCCAGAUUUUAUUGAUUACCCCGAGCGGCAGGAAUGCAACUGCAGGCCUCAAGAAUCCCCUUAUGUUUCUGGGAUGAAAGCUUGCCAUUAAGUUUCAAGAGAGCAUAUAAUUCACUGGCUCUCCAGUUCAGCAGUUCUUCCCCUCCUAAACCUCAGUUAGUGUCAAAUAAUAUACCGGAGACAAAAAUAAAGUUCAUUUGAAGCCUCCAAAAUAACUAGAUAUUAUAGAUUUAAUUUUUGUGCAUUCAAGCUUGUAUUUGAAUUCAUGUACUGAGUUUCUCAGAAUGAAUUAUCUGAGGAGUCUGGGUUCAAGCCAUUGGAGAAGAAAUGUGGAGAAUGCUUCUCUUGUCAUUGGAGAAUUAAAAAUUCCCAAUGAUUUAGGAGCGUAACUGCUAUUGGAAGGAAUUAGGGUAGUUCGAGGGAAAUAAUGUAGAAAUAUGCUCUGAACAAGGGGCUAGCCAGUGGGAAAGCGGGGGGUGUGUCAGCCUUUUUAGUCCUGGCCACUUGGGCCAAGUAGAAUUUUGAAGCGUCAAAUGACCCCAUAUUAUGUGUAGCUUUUUAUAAAAACCCACAAUCAAGGAUUUAUUAUAAGAAAACAUGUAUGUGUAUAUAUAAUAUAUAUAUAAAAUGAAUAAAUAAUAUAUAUUAUAUAUUCAUUUUAUAAUUAUAUAUACAUAAUAAACUUUUAAUUUACUCAUUUGAGUGAGAAAUAUACUGGAAGGGAAAAUAAAUUAUACCAUCCAUUAUUGUCCCCUAAAGGGAACAUCAAAGUUAGUCCACGUUUCUUCCCUCCUUCCAUUCAUGCCUUCCUCCCUCCCUCCUGUCACACACUCAUGCAGAUGCGGUAAUGACACAGAUGGCGGGAAGGGCUCUAGGUUGGAUUCGGAGAGACUGGGAGACAAAAUUGCACAAGAGAUGCUACCGCUGGAUAGAAAAUUGAUUCAGGUAGACAUGUUAUAUGUAGCACAGUUUCAUUGAUGCUACCUAAUGGAGCAGGCUUGUCUGAAUUCUUAAGAAUUCCAUCAGAGAAUAUUUCACAGAAAUACAGUUGUAUUACUCUCAAGUACAUACAGUUACUAGAAUUAGGCUGAAAAAAAAAAGGAUUUGCGUAAUGAAGGUUCUCUAGGAGCCUGCUUUAUUUACUUAAUCAGUAAGAAUGGAGCGUUGUAAGUGCAACAACUAUUUGCAUAUAAAUAUACUUAUAUUUUCAGAUAAAACACUUCUGAAGUGCUUA